AUGAGUGAAUCAAUGGAAUCAAGUACAUAUCCUUUGAUAAAUAUUAGUGAUACAACAAAAAAAGAUACAGAUAUAGAGCAGCAACAAUUAAAUAUACCUAUCAAGCAAAUGAAAGAGAAACAAAAGGAAAAGGAUAGUUGUGAAAUAAAUGAUUAUAAUAAAAUGUUAAUUGAAACAAUAUAUAGAGAUAAUUUAUUAUCAUAUCAAGAAAAAAUAAACUUUAUAACUAAUAUCUAUCUAUCUAUUUGGUUGGUUGGUUGGUUGGUUGAUUACAGAUUAAGAAAAGAAUAUGAAGAAAGAUAUCAAAAGAGUAUAGAGACAUUCAAGUUGAAUCAUGAAAAGGAAAUUAAUUUAAAGUUGAAACAAUUGGAUAGGUCAAACAAAAAGAGGAUUCUAGAUAUGGCACUGCUGUACAAACAAAAAUUGGAAUACUUGGAAAAGGAACAAACAAUACAACAGAAUGAACUAAUACAAUUGAAACAAGACGAUGCAGAUCGUUUGGCUCAGUUGCACAAGAGUGAACAACUCCUAGUAGAACAGCAGCAACAACAUCAGAGUCUCAUCGAUCAGUUCAAAGAACAAACCGAAUCUAGCAAUGUCAUCUUGGAGCAACGACAACUAAAGAUCGAUAGUCUAGAACAAAAGCAACUGGAAAAUCAACAGGAAAUCACUCGUUUAAUUUCACAAUUGGAUAUUGUAUCCACAACAAUUUCUGAACUUUUAGUUUCAUCUGAUAAUAUUGCAUCUCAAAAUCAAGUAUUUCAGAAAUUCAUAGAAUCAUUAGAAUCCAAUGAUGAUGAUGAUGAAUCAAAUAAUCAAAUUCAAACUCAAAUCAAACUGGAUAAUAAUAAUAAUUAG